UAAAAAUAAAAAAUAAAAAAAUAACUCAGACCACACGAGCCCGUGAAGCCGAAAAAACACCAGAUAGCUCUCAGCAUCUCUAACAAUGGCACAGCAGCAAAUUCGCGUACGUGUCUGCGUGCCAUUCUCGGAGAAACCAUGGCCGCCAUGAGCCUCUCCUCUGCACCAUUCACUCCGCUGGAACUCUUCUCCUCUAGACGCCGCCGCUCCGCCGCGUCGCUCCCUAGAAGGAAACCCCUUUCCGUUACCUUCGCCGGCGAUUCCUCUUCCGAAACCUCCACCGCGCCGCCGGAAAAGCCACAAAUUGAGAUGGAAUUCAUUGGGCCCAAACCUGGAGACGAAGUGAACAAUGCAAAAGCUGUGAGUGGAGAGAAGCUGCUGAGGAACAUUAUGUUGGAUAACAAAAUUGAGCUCUAUGCUGCUUUUGGGAAGGUAAUGAACUGCGGAGGAGGUGGGAGUUGCGGAACUUGUAUAGUGGAGAAACCAGAAUCUUGGAGGCUAGCCUGCCAAACUAUAGUCGGGAAUAAGGAAAACUCAGGAAAGGUGGUUGUCCAAAGGUUGCCCCAAUGGAAGAAAUGAUUAGAGCUACUUUGAAUGAGUUUGGUAAUUUAUGAAUAUUGGUUAGAAAACAUUUAUUAUAACAAAAUCAAUAACUUCUUGCUAUUAAUUUGUUAAAUAGCCUCAUUUAAUUAUUUGAAACUCUAUUACGUACCUUCAGCUUCAUUUUGCUUAUUGAGAAGGAAAAUGAUCUGUAAUAUUAUUGUUCAUCCUUUGAUUGUGAUGAUUUAUUUUCAUAUUUUGAGGUCUUGCACGUAAAAAAUGUAUGUAUUUGUAAGAUAGUUGAGC